AUGCCUAUCUUGGUUCCCCUUUUGUUCUCUGGAUACCUGUGCAGUGCAGAAUUGCUGCCUAAUCCUUGCUCAGCUACAGCUUGGCAGCAAUUGUAUGAAAGCCACGAGGACCGAGCUUACAUCGUGACCAUGGGAUUCUACAUCCUAUGCUUUGAUCUCAUCCUAACCUCCAGUUUUGCAUGCCGCUGGGACACUAGAGCUAUUGUAAGGAGAGAUGUUGCUGAGAAGGGAACGGCAUGCCCAGAUCAACGCUCGCUUGAUGCUGCUGGAGUCUCGAGAUAUACCAACUUCACGCUGAAGAUACUCCUGGAGACUCUUCGAGACAUGCCAUCUGGCCAAAUUAAAUGCCUGCUUGACAGAGCAUUUGGCUCUCUUGAUGGCCUCAAUCUUCCAUGCCAGACAUCAGAUGACUUGGAAAUUGAGAACGCAACUUACAAUGGGUGGUUGCAUGAGCAUUUUAUUAGCUCUGUGUUGGCAUUCACACUGAAAGGCACGAUUAUGGCUGCCAAGCUGAACUGCCCAGGCAGCUGGCAUGAUUCUCGUGUAGCACGUCCUAUCUAUGAGAAGCUUUACACCAAGACUCCAGAUGGAUACUUUCUUGUUGCAGAUACAGCAUUCCCUCAUGGGUCAGACCAAAUUGCAGGCCGCAUUCGUGCUUCUAUCAAAGCUGGACAGCAAUUACUGUCAUCGGUUACUGAGCUCCCACUCGAGAUUGACCAUGAUGAGCAACGAGGUGAUCUCCUUGAAACUUGUGUACGCCUUAACAAUGUUCAUGCCAACAUCAUUGGAAUCAAUCAGAUCAACACUGCACAAAUUUGGGAUGGUUUUGCAGGUAUGCUAUUUGCGGAGCAGAGGUGCAGAGACCAGGUCAAAGCAUUUCAUAUUGUAGCAGACUCGUGA